AUGAUCUUUAGAGUAAAAUGCCCAUUUCUGUUCAGCAGAUAAGCAUCCGUCCAGAUGGCAUCUGAAUCCGUGAAGGUGGUGGUCAGAUGUCGACCACUGAACGACAGAGAGAAGGCGCUGAACUGUAAGAUGGUGGUUUCCAUUGACAGCAGUCACUGUCAGUGUUUCAUUGAGAAACCUGGAGCCUCGGAAGAGCCGCCCAAACAAUUCACGUUUGAUGGGGCUUAUUAUAUGAACCAUUCCACUGAGCAGAUCUACAACGAGAUCGCAUAUCCUCUGGUGGAGGGUGUAACUGAGGGCUACAAUGGGACAAUUUUUGCUUAUGGACAAACAGGGAGUGGCAAGUCGUUCACUAUGCAAGGUGUUCUAGAUCCUCCUUCCCAGAGGGGAAUCAUCCCUAGAUCUUUUGAGCACAUCUUUGAGACAAUCCAGUGUGCAGAGAACACAAAAUUCCUUGUACGGGCCUCUUACCUGGAAAUUUACAAGGAGGAAAUCAGAGAUCUUUUGGCAAAAGACACCAAACAGAAGAUGGAACUGAAGGAGCAUCCUGAGCGUGGUGUGUAUGUACGGGAUCUGUCCAUGCACACGGUGCACAGCGUUGGGGAAUGUGAGCGGAUCAUGGAUCAGGGCUGGAGGAAUCGCUCUGUGGGCUUCACACUCAUGAACAAAGAUUCAUCUCGCUCACACUCCAUAUUCACCAUUCACCUGGAGACCUGCAACACAGAUGCUGCAGGUGAAGAACAUCUGCGUGCUGGAAAGCUCAAUCUCGUGGACCUUGCAGGAAGUGAACGGCAGUCGAAAACCGGUGCUACUGGAGAUCGCCUUCAGGAAGCCACCAAGAUCAACUUGUCUCUUUCAGCCCUUGGCAAUGUUAUAUCUGCGUUGGUGGACGGUCGUUCCAAGCACAUCCCGUAUCGUGAUUCCAAGCUCACUCGUUUGCUUCAAGACUCUCUGGGCGGAAACACUCGUACCCUCAUGGUAGCCUGUCUCUCACCUGCCGACAACAAUUACGAAGAGAGCAUCAGUACUCUACGCUACGCCAACCGUGCCAAGAGCAUCCAAAACCGUCCGGUCAUCAACGAGGACCCAAAAGAUGCCCUCCUGCGCGAGUAUCAGGAGGAAAUCAAGAAGUUGCGGGCGUUAAUCUCUGGGGAGCUGGGGUCUGCCAACCUCAGUUCACUUUUGGCAGGUCAGAAUUUAGGAGAUCCUCCAGCUGUUCUGUCGCGACCCCAGAGCAACACAUCAGAGAGCGAAGCUGAAAAAGACCGUAUAAAAGAGGAAUAUGAGAAGAAACUAGCGAGGCUGCAGGCAGAGUAUGAUGCCGAACAAGAGUCCAAAGUCAAACUCCAGGAGGACAUUGCUGCCUUGAGAACAUCAUACGAGACCAGACUCUCUUCUCUGGAGAGGUCCAGAGCUAGUCGAACACACACCACUGGUGGCCCUUGUGUGGACCAUCCUAAAGAAGAGCCCAUCACUGCACCUGUGGCCACACAAGAACAGGCGAAUGUUGACCACGAUGUACCCGAGGAGAGUCCGUCUUCUGCUGCUGCCAGUGUUAAAGGAGCUCCCAGUGGCGAGAGUUUGGUUUCAGCUACAGUUAUGGUUGCAACACCAGAUCAACUGGACCAGAAGCAUGUUUUAGAAAGGCUGCAGCAGCUGGAGCAGGAGUUUGUGGGUGGAGAGCAGGUGAGGAACGAGGAACUGAAGCAGAGACUCAGACAGAGGAAGACUCUGGCUGACCAGAGGAAGAAGCAGCUAAUCGAAGCUCUGAGCCAGAGCAGUGAGGACAGCGACAGCGUUCUGCUGAACGUAUACGAUUCCAUCCAGGAGGAAGUUCAUGCCAAGAGCAGACACCUGGAGAACACACAGAAGAAGUUGAAAGCUGCUAAGUUGGAGAUCAGGGAUCUUCAGGCAGAGUUUGAGAUGGAGAGAGAUGAUUAUCUGGCCACCAUCCGGCGUCUAGAGCGGGAAGGCCAGCUCCUUCAAGGAAUCUUGGAGCGUGUGGCGCCCCUGGUGCGAAGGGACUGUAACUACAGCAACCUGGACCGGCUGCGGAAGGAAGCGGUGUGGGAUGAAGAGGGAGGGACCUGGAGACUGCCAGAGGUUGUGGUGCAGAAAACCACUUUACCUGCAGUGCCUCCUUCAGGUGCCAUUGCCCCUGGCAGACUUUCAGCACGCAGGAAUUCAGCCUCAGACCUUGCCGACCCUUUUGUGCAAGAAUUGGAGGAGGAUCGCUACAAGGAAAUGUUGAAACGCAGUGAUAGCCAACAUAUCGCCACUAACUACUUCAAGCCAAAACGGACCAGUCAGCUUUUGGUCGGCGACUCUAUUAAAAACACAAUGAAUUAUUCGGGUUCAGUCGGUAAUGGUUCAGCCCACCAGACCUCCAGUGGGUCCAGUUUGUCUCCUCUAACCGUGGAUUCUCUCCCUCCGCGGCCCUUCCGUUUGGAGUCCCUUGGAGUCCCACCUGCACACGGCAAAGUAAAACGCAAGAAGAGCAAGUCACUCAUCCCAACUGAGGGCAACUGACAGGACACGGCUCUACAAAUCUUUUGUAUAUUUAAGAGAGUCCAGAGCUUUAUAUCUUUUAAAGCUGCUAUUAUCUGAUUUUAUUUCAUAUGUACAUAAAUAGACAUAUUUUUAUUGUAU